GAAGGUGAGGCAACACGAACUUCCCAUGGGGCUCUUGUGCAUUUGAUCCACUCCCACCAUCUUUCCUCUUUCGCGCCAUUAACCCGUUACUCCAUUUGCUCUUCAGCUUUAUUAAGCCAUUUCUACUCGAUCAAAACCCUAGCUUCUUCUCUGUAACCAUGGCGGACGGUCACUUGUUCAAUAACAUCUCUCUUGUCGGUCGCGGCGGCGCCAAUCCAGGACAACUUAGGGUUCAUUCGCGUGGCUUGGUGUGGAAGAAACAAGGUGGUGGCAAAGCUGUGGAAGUAGAUAAGUCUGAUAUCGUGCGAAUAACAUGGAUGAAGGUGCCAAGAAGCAAUCAACUUGGUGUGCAGAUUAAAGAUGGUCUCAAAUAUAAAUUCACUGGUUUCCGUGAUCAGGAUGUGCCUAGCCUGACCAAUUUUUUUCAAAACUCUUGUGGCAUAACACCAGAAGAGAAGCAGCUUUCAGUUAGUGGAAAGAAUUGGGGAGAACUUGAUAUAAAUGGCAAUAUGCUUUCUUUUCUUGUUGGUGGAAAGCAAGCAUUUGAAGUAUCAUUAGCUGAUGUGUCCCAGACACAGCUUCAAGGAAAAAAUGAUGUCAUCUUGGAGUUCCAUGUGGAUGACACAACUGGUGCAAAUGAGAAAGAUUCUUUGAUGGAAAUGAGCUUCCACAUUCCCAGUUCAAACACUCAGUUUGUUGGGGAUGAUAAUCAUCCUCCUGCACAAAUUUUCCGAGAUAAAAUCAUGUCCAUGGCGGAUGUUGGGGCUGGAGGUGAAGAAGCUGUUGUCACGUUUGAAACCAUUACCAUUCUUACACCAAGGGGUCGAUACAGUGUUGAACUUCACCUUUCCUUUUUACGGCUUCAAGGGCAAGCCACCGAUUUCAAAAUUCAAUACAGCAGCAUAGUCCGCGUUUUUGUUUUGCCUAAGUCUAACCAACCUCACACGUUUGUUGUUGUGACUCUGGACCCUCCUAUCCGUAAAGGUCAAACAAUGUACCCACAUAUUGUAAUGCAGUUUGAAACUGAUUAUGUGGUGGAGAGCACUUUGAUGAUGAAUGAAGACUUGUAUUCUAGCAAAUACAAAGACAAAUUAGAACCAUCAUAUAAGGGACUGAUUCAUGAAGUGUUCACAAUGAUCUUGCGUGGAUUAUCUGGUACAAAGCUCACAAGACCCGGAAAGUUCCGGAGCUGUCAGGAUGGUUAUGCUGUGAAGUCUUCAUUAAAAGCUGAAGAUGGAGUUCUUUAUCCUCUUGAAAAGAGCUUUUUCUUCUUACCAAAACCUCCUACACUAAUUCUUCAUGAUGAGAUUGACUAUGUGGAAUUUGAGAGGCAUGCUGCUGGAGGAUCAAACAUGCAUUACUUUGAUCUUCUUAUCAGAUUGAAGACAGAACACGAACAUCUCUUCCGUAACAUUCAAAGAAACGAAUAUCAUAACCUGUUUGAUUUUAUCAGCUCAAAGGGUCUGAAAAUCAUGAACUUGGGAGGCGGUGUUCAAGCUGCAGAUGGUGUUGCGGCUGUUCUAAGGGAUGAGGAGGAUGAUGCGGUUGACCCUCAUCUUGAACGAAUCAAGAAUGAAGCUGGUGAAGAAGAGAGUGACGAGGAGGAUGAAGAUUUUGUGGCUGAAAAAGAUGAUUCGGGCUCACCUACUGAUGAUUCCGGGGGAGACGACUCAGAUGGUAGUGACAGUGGAGGUGAAAAGGAGCAGAGAAUUCCUAAGAAGGAAUCAAAGAAAGAAGCUAGUGGUUCGAAAACAGCAGCAGCAGCAGCAUCUUCAAGUAAGAAGAAAAGCAAAAGCGGGGCAGGGGACGAAGAUGGUGCAAAGAAAAAGAAACAAAAGAAGAAAAAGGAUCCAAAUGCACCAAAAAGAGCAAUGAGUGGUUUCAUGUUCUUCUCGCAGCUUGAACGAGAGAAUCUGAAGAAGGAUAUUCCGGGAAUCGGAUUUAAGGAAAUUGGGAGGGAACUUGGAGAGCGUUGGAAUAAGUUGACAGCAGAAGAGAAGGCACCGUAUGAAGCAAGAGCAGUGGCAGAUAGGAAAAGGUAUCAAAAUGAAAAAACCGGCUACAAGAAUGCGCAACCUGCUCCCAUGGAUUUGGUAGAUGAAUCAGACAGCAAUUAGGGUUUUCGUCCGUGUUAUGAAAUUUGUUGCCCUAAAUAAGUAUGUGGUAGCUUCAUUUGAUUUGAUUUGAUUUGUCUUGUCUUGAUGAGAUAGUUGCUGUUUUUAUCAUGGAACUAGGUAACUUGAUGUAAUGACUUAUAGCAAUCAGGCUAUAUGCCAAGGUUGUAAACAUCUUGCAAGAUGGUGAUUGUAAGAAUAGGAUCCUAAUCCUACUAAAAAUUGCAGUUAUAAGUUUAAAACAUGAAAAAUAUAUCUUUAUCCUUUAGUUGAGCU